CUUUUCCUUUAAUUCUACUGAUCGGAGCAGGUGCUAGAAAAUAGAGGUCAGUUGGCCAAUCGUGCAGAGGGAUCGCUGCAGGCCGAGCAGAACGAGAACAUCCUUCCUCAGUGUCGGUACCAUUUACAACCCGUGUUCUUUUGUUACUUUUCUGCUGCCAUGGAAUUGGUUUGGAUGGUGUUGGCGGUGAUCGCCUUUUACUUUGGGUUCUUGCACCGCUGCACGGGGUGUCGGACCCGACCGGUGAUCCGGGAAAAGGGCAAAGCGGACGGGUUGUACGGUUACGGUGUGAAAGACGCGCUAUCCCUUCGUAUAUCUGGCCUUGCACUGAGAAUAUCCACACACCUAUUGAACGCAAUCUUUGGACAACUGAUUUUAAUUCCACUGAUCAUGAGAAUGUUAAAUCUCACUUUGCUACGACGUACAGUUAUUCCAGAAGAUCCCAUAUUCAUUCCGGUUGUUAACCCUGAGAGCAGCAAUAAGCCACCAAAACAUGACCACAAUGAUGGUAUUCUGAAUGAACUGCUGCAGCUGAGUGUUACGGAAGAGAGGCAUGGAUUCAACUUCAAAAGCAUUUCUGAUUUCAUUCAAGCAUACAAGUCAGGUAAAACUACUCCAACCCAAGUAGCUAAGAAUGUGAUCAGAGCUCUGGAAGAUGCUCAUCAAACAACUGCCCCAUUGCGAGCUAUUGUGCAAUAUGAGAGUCACCUGAUAAUGAAGAUGGCAGAAGCCUCCACUGCUCGGUACAGAGCCAGUGCACCUCUUUCCCCGCUGGAUGGAAUUCCUGUGUGCAUUAAAGAGGAACUGAAAGUUGUUCCAUACUAUCAUCGGGUGGGAACUGUUUAUCUUGGUGAGGAGCAAGAAACUGAGGACGCCACAGUCACCAGAAAGUUACGAGAGGCUGGAGCAAUUAUCAUUGGUGUUUCCAAUAUGCAUGAGCUUGGACUGGGAGUAACUGGCUGUAAUGUCAACAGGUAUCACGGUGUUCCUAGGAACCCCUACAACCCUCAGCACUUCACAGGAGGAAGUUCCAGUGGUUCGGCAGCAGCUGUAGCAGCAGGUAUCUGUGCACUGGCGAUUGGGAGUGAUGGAGGAGGUUCAGUAAGAAUCCCAGCAUCGUUUUGUGGGGUGGUAGGACUGAAAGUCACUUUUGGUCGAAUCAGUUCCUAUGGGUCUUAUCCUCUUUCUUAUUCAACUGUUAGUUUGGGACCGUUUUGUACCUCUGUAAAAGAUGUCGCCAUGGUCUAUACAAUUCUGGCUGGCCCAGACCCUAAUUACUCAUACAGUCUGAACCAGCCGCCAUUGAAUUUUGAUGAUAUUGCACAUCCUGAUCUACAGAAUAUAAGAUUUGGAAUAGAUUGGAAGUUCUUCACGGACUGUGAAUCUGAUGUUUUAAAUGUUUGCCAGAGAGCGGUACAGCACUUAAUAAGUUUGGGUGCAACAGUAGUAGACUUGCACAUUCCAGAGUUGGAGGAAGUACAGACUGCACACCUUAUCUGUAUUUUGAGUGAGAUUCGAGAGUUUUUGAACAUGGAUUUUAAUAAUCAAUACGACAAAAUGAAUCUAGAUACUCGUAUAGCUUUAGCUUUUGCAUCGAAAUUCACAAGUUCUGACUACAUCCAGGCUUGUCGUCAACGAUCACGGGCUAUGCAUUUUCUGAAAGAAAUUUUCAAAGAUGUGCAAUGUAUCAUUACACCAGCGAUACCCAGCACUGCUCCACCUUCUAAAUCCCUUGACUUCAGUUACGGUUGCAGUGAUCUUCAUAUGCUUUACAGCACAAUAAGAUUCAUGCAGCUUGCAAAUCUCACAGGAAUUCCCUCUCUCGUGGUUCCUGUUGGAUACAGCUCCUCUGGUCUACCCAUUAGUCUUCAGAUUAUGAGUAAAUGGUGGGACGAAGCAAUUCUUUUCCGGAUGGGAUUGAAGGUGGAACAGUUCCGUACUGAAACUAAGAAACCUCAGGUUUACUACGAUCUUCUGUAACAAAGCAUGAAAUACAAGAUGGUCUUUGUUUUGUAGUUUGGAGCCAAUUCUCCCUAUGUACUCUUUUUAAAAAAAAUCAAACAAGCCAUAUACUGUUAACUUAAAGCCUGUCUAUUUAUGCUUUCACUUCAUUACCCGCGGCUGUGUCUCCAGUUUAUUUGUCCCAAUACACUUGUUGGAUUGUAUAAGAAUACAGAUUAGUUAGCUGAAGCAUAGCUGAUAAACCAUUUAUUUUGCCGAUUACCUCUUGUCAGAGUCAGACAGCAUGGAACCGGUCUCUUGUCCCCUCUGUCCAUGUUGAUGGAGGAGCCUACCAGAGUUAGUUCCAUUUCUCUACGCUUGGCCCACAUCCCUCUUAAAUCUUUCCUGCCCAAAUGCCUUUGGAAGGUUGUAAUUGUGCCCAUCUCUACCACUUCUUCCAGUAACAUAUAUCCACCACCCUCUAUGUGAAAAACACACCUCUCAGGUCUCCUUUAAAUGAGACCAUAAGAUGUAGGAGCAGAAUUAGGCCAUUCAGCCCAUCAUGUCUGCCCUGUCAUUCAAUCAUGGCUGAUUUAUUUUUACCCUUGAUCUCAUUGUUCUGUCUCCUCCCUAGAAUUUUUGAUGCCCUUACUAAUCAAGAUCUUAGCAACUUCUCCUUUAAAUAUACCCAGCGACUUGUGGCAAUGAAUUCCACAGAUUCACCACCCUCUGGUUAAAGAAAUUUCUGUUUCUCUCUGUGUUCUAACGGGAAUCUCUAGUCUGAGCUGUGCCUUUUGGGCCUAGACACUCCCACGUUUGAAAACAUCCUCUCCACGUCCACUGUAUCUAGGCCUCUCAAUGUUUCAGUAAGGUUUCCCUCACGCCUCCACCCCCAUUAUUCUAAUAAACUCCAGCAAGUACAGCUCAAGAGUCAUUGCCAGAUUUUAACAUUUUUAUUCCCCGGAUCAUUCUGGUGAACCUUGAGAAAUCUUUCCCCUGUCAACUUAAACUGAUGCCCUCUCUAGCUUCAGAUUUCCUGACCCUAGAGCAAAGAUUGUUACUACCAUCUUUUCUGUGUUACCGAUAACUUUUUCAACCUCCUAUAAGAUAACGGCUUGGUUCCUUUCAGCAGGGGAAGUAGCCCAGUUGAGUCUAUUGUAACAGCACAAAUACUGUGAUGUCUAGGUAUAAAAACGAUGCAGCAAGUAAGUUUUUCACAGACACAUAGUUACAGCCAACGCUAUAAAUUAUACAAGACAGUGAAGAUUGGCUAAACCUGGGUAUUAGUACAAGAAAAACACUAUCAGAGACCAGUCUAUUGUGGUGCAACAGAUAACCUGUGGUGUUCCAACACUUGAAUAGGAUUGGGUUUGUGAGGAUCGGUUCAAGAAUCUGACGGUUGUAGGAAGGUAGCUGUUCCUGAACCAGAUUAUGUGAGACUUCAGGGUAUUGUCACUCAGCCCAUCAGUCCCAGCAACAUCCUUGUGAAUCUUUUCUGCCCCUUCCUACUGAGAACAUUUGUUUAGUUAUUGAGAAAAUGUAUUAUGUUUGUGUAUGCAUAACAAAUGUUUGUGGAGUGUGUGACAAGCACAGUGUUCAAAUAGACAAAAACUCUUGAUAUUGGGAACCCAGUUCUAACCUUGAAACUCAAUUUUCCUGAACUUCUGGCCCCAGUAUUGCCACUUUUUGUUUAUUGUAGUUAUUAAACACCAUAGGCAUUAAAUUUGGAAAUUAAAGAGUUUUUUGUGGCCACUAGUACCUAAAGAUAUGAAGUAUUUACACAUCAAAAUUUUUAGAUUCUGAUGAUGGAUAUACUCUUAUUUUAAGUUGUUUUGAGUUAAGAUAAAAUUUACAUUUUUUAAACAAUUUUAAUUUUAUCAUACAAUAUUCCUAGGGCAGAUCUUUCUGUUUUGGUAAGGCUGGAGGAUGAUACAGGUUCAACCACCCACCUUUAACUUUCUCAACCUAGACAGCUUACCU